CUUAUUUUUCUCUUUUUUACCCCACACUCUUCCCAUUACACAACACAUUUCCACCAUGAGUGUAUCUCCCGCGAAUCAGUCUUUCUUGGCAUGGUACCUUACGCAGCUGGCUGCCUACCCUCUUCAGACCAAAGCCGUAACCAGCGGUAUCCUUUCUGGUUGCCAAGAAGCAGCAGCACAAAAAUUGUCGGGACAGAAGAAACUCGAUAAGCGUAUUUUCCAAAUGGCAGCUUAUGGCUUGAUCAUCUCUGGUCCUUUAAACCACUUGUGGUAUGAAAUCAUGGCCAAGGUGUUUGCUGGCAAGACCGGUCCCAAGGUCAAGGUUGGCCAGUUGUUGUUCUCCAACCUUAUCAUCUCGCCCUUCAUGAACACAGUCUAUAUUACUGCAAUGACCAUCCUGGCUGGUGGUCGAUCCUUUGCUCAGGUUAGAAGCGCUGUGCGCAAUGGUUUAUUGUCGAUGCAGAAAGUUUCUUGGGUUGUUUCUCCCUUGAGUUUGAUCUUUGCCCAAAACUACUUGCCCCAACACACCUGGGUUCCUUUCUUCAACGUUGUCAUCUUCUUCUUGGGCACUUACAUGAACACCUUGAUCAAGCGCAAGCGCUUGCAGGCCGAGAAGGAAGCUGCUGAACGCAAGUCGUCCUAAGUAAUAGGAUCGUCGAAUAAUGUACGGUUUUGAAUGUCUCUUUCCUCUAUAAAAAAAAUGACAGAGUAUCGGAUUUCCUAUUUGACAAAAAAAAAAAAAAUGACGCCAAAAAGGUUUGACGGACUUGUUGUAUUCGAAAUUUUGGAGGACCGUCUGGUUUGUGGAGAACAAUCGGUUACGAUGACUGAUCCGAUAUUGUCAAU